UAUAUAUAUAUAUAUAUAGCUAUUGUCUUUUACCCAAAAAUGGAUCUUUUGAACGCUUGGAUGAGAGGUGUGCGUAUAAUAAUUAUCACAUUAUACACCCAGACAGAAGAAGAAAAGAGAGAAAGAGCUUUCGAGAGAGAUGGGAAUGGCGAGAGAGGAGAAAGAAGAAGAGGGAGUAAUGGCGACGGACUUUUUCUGGUCUUACACUGAUGAACCACACGCUUCCAGGCGCCGUCAGAUUCUUUCUAAAUACCCUCAGAUCAAAGACCUCUUUGGCCCUGAUCCCUUUGCUUUACUCAAGAUCGGUGUGGUUGUUCUGCUUCAGCUUUGUACAGCAAUCUCCCUCAACAAUGCAGGAUGGCUGAAGAUGCUUGCAAUCGCCUACUUUUUCGGUUCAUUUCUGAACCACAACCUUUUCUUAGCCAUCCACGAGCUCAGUCACAAUCUCGCCUUCUCAACUCCCGUCUACAAUCGCUGGCUUGGAAUUUUCGCCAACCUUCCUGUUGGGGUUCCCAUGUCAGUCACCUUCCAAAAAUACCACCUCGAGCACCAUCGCUUCCAAGGAGUAGAUGGCAUUGACAUGGACAUCCCAAGCCAAACCGAAGCGCACUUGGUGACAAACGUAGUAGCGAAAUCCAUCUGGGUUGUCUUACAGCUAUUCUUCUAUGCUUUUAGGCCACUCUUUCUCAAACCAAAACCCCCUGGCAUGUGGGAAUUUGUUAACUUCUCCAUUCAAAUAGCUCUUGAUGCUGCCAUGGUUUACUUUUGGGGAUGGAAGUCGUUGGCUUAUCUGAUCUUAUCCACAUUUGUUGGAGGUGGGAUGCACCCCAUGGCUGGUCACUUCAUCUCAGAGCAUUAUGUGUUCAAUCCUCAACAAGAGACAUAUUCUUACUAUGGUCCUCUGAAUCUUCUGACUUGGAGUGUUGGAUACCACAAUGAACACCAUGAUUUCCCAAGGAUUCCUGGUAGCAAACUCCAUAAGGUGAAGGAGAUUGCAUCAGAGUACUAUGAUGGUUUGGACUCGUAUAAAUCUUGGAGCCAGGUUAUAUACAUGUAUGUUAUGGACCAUACAGUUGGACCCUUUAGCAGAAUGAAAAGGAAGGCAAAGAAUUCUGAGUAGGUGUACUUACUUUCUCUCUUGAUUGUUUCUCCUCUUCGGUUACAUAUAUAAAUAUACGAGUUAUUUAAAUAUGAGCUUCUUAUUUUUAUAUAUCUGAUUUUGAUUGUAAUAUUUUUGAAAUAGUUGAUUCUCUCCUAUAGCUUAGAAGUAAAUUCGUUUGUUCAUUAACUUAUAACAAUUGAUUUGCUUAAUGAUUGUUACAAAUUAGGGUUGAUACUA